CAUAUGGUAGCUGCUGUUCAGUUUGUACUGCUUUUUUUUAUUUAUUCCUACGUGAGCAGACCCAGUGUACUUCUUGCAUAUAAACAGAGAAAAUUACAAUAUUAAGGACUUAUUAAACAUUCUUUUGGAGUAAUAUUAGUACUAGUCAGAGCCUUGCCUACUACAUAAGGCUAAGAAGAUACAUUUUCUGCUGGUAAUCCCAAAGCUUUCAGACAUGGAUUAUAAGCGAAUCUAAAUGACAACAGCAAGAAUAUAAAUCAUGAAGAGGAAUAGUAAAAGUUCCCAGUACAAAUCAUCAUAUCACAAUGGAUAACCCGUUACAAGAAAAAUAUCUGCUAUUCUGCAAAUGCUGACUAGGUGGUCUGGACUACUCCGCUGAUGCCAAAGUAUUUAUAGAUUUCACUCAAACAACAGUCCUUCAGACAUGCUUAGCCUUGUACUUGGAUGAACUAGAAAGUAAGGACCAUACAUCAAUAACUGCUUUCACAGAGUCCUUUUGGAUGCUAUACUUUUCAGUCACAAGCCACUGAUUUUUGUUUGGCUUUUUAAGAAGAUUAGUUUCAGCUGCUGAAGUAAAAGGAUGGGACAAGAAGAAAAAGCAUCUCUGAAAGAUUAAUUUCAGUUUAAUAUUAAUGGAUAUGUUCCUACAGGAAUAUUAUGCAUCAAAAAUGCUAGUACCCAAGCCAGUUAUUAUAUAUUCUAUAAAAAGAAGAAAUAUUUAACAGGUCUACGGUUCAACACCGGAUUUCUGAAGGGCUAACUGUCAACAAAUGGGGCAUUAGAAAAGCAGUAUUAAUAUUUAUCUUUACAUUACAUUAGUUAGGAGUAAAUAUACCUUAUUCUACUGUAAUUUAUACUUUUGUUACAUAUUAAACAACAAUGUUUCAAAAUGUAAAUACUGAGGUUUCCAAAUUAUCUCCUUUAUAAUUUACUCCUUGGAUUCAGGAUUAAAUUAUUAGUUCAUCUUGUUGUUGUGUCUAGCUAGCUAUCUUUCUAAUAAAAUAAUAUUUAAAGCUACAAGGGAAAAUUGAAAAUAAUUUCCCAAGCAAAAUACACCAGCUAAGAAACACAAAUGCUAACAAGCAGCAAAAGGAACACAGUUAAAAAGCAACACUUAAAAUUGUCAUUUGGAUCUGGGGUAUAACCACCAGGUGCUUUUGGAAUGACCUAAUGAAAUGGGUCGCAAAGAAACGCGUUACUUGCAGACCUUAAACUGCGAUUCAAUGGCCCAGCAAAACAUAAAAGUACGUCCUGUGCUAUUGAAACGGAACAGCCUAGAUUCUGUUGAUUUCAUGAGGCAGCCACACCACCGCAGAAUCAAAUCUCAGCAAGUUCGAUUCCAAGAUGAUGGUACAAACAAAAAGCCAAUGGGUGUCACUGAUUUGGACAUCGAGCCUCCCAAAGACAUAGCAUUUGUGACUGGAAAGGCACAAACAUCUAGGCACCAGAACUUGCCAAACUACCCCCUUGCUUUUCCAAGGGCUCCAAAGGGGCUUCGGAACAUUGCUAUUCAGACUUCUCCUAGCCUCAGGAAACACUUCCCAGUUUUUAGGAGGAAAAAACUGACAACAAGCAAGUCUUUAACAGAAAUGCCAACUGAGCCUGAAAGUACUGUCCAUGUUAAUGGCAAUCUUUCUGAACAGGAUCUCAUGUCCUCACACUUUUCUUAUUUAAGGAUAACUAAACAUUUAGAAGAUGGAUCUAAGAGAGACCAAAUAACCAAUCAAGUAUGUCAAGGAGUGCCUAAAGCACAAAGCAAUGGACCCAUCCACCUGGACUCAGAUGCUUUCUCAGUACUGGAAAAGGCAACUGUUUCUACCCAGGUGCCUGAAUACAUACAUCUGAGUUCUCCACAGGCCAAUAAUGCUUCCAUUUAUACUCUGGACAUGCCUAUGGAUUUAAGUGACUCAGCACAUUCUUCUACUGCAAUGAAACAAUUGAAUGAAAGUUGUAUGCAGCCAUCAAAUUCAAAAAGAUCUUACUCCUGCUUGGUCAAUACAAGUAACUGCAAUGAAGUUAAUGCACAGCCUGAUUCUUGUGAAGCAGAUAAAAGUGAUUCUGAGUUACUUAGAUCAAAUGAAGACUCCAGCACUACUCCAUUAUCACCUCCAUCGAAUCACAGUUCAUCAUACUGUUUCCCCAGAGACCAUCAACAGCUUGCACUGCCUGAAACAGAUUCUGACUGUAUGACACUGAUUAAUGAUGAUCAGGCAGUAAUAUCAUUGUCCAAAAGUAGCAUGUCAAAAUCUGUUCCUUCAUAUCAAACUGAAACUGAGAAAAGUUCUACACAGUCAGAUGUACCAGAGUAUAAUGACUGUUUAGGAAGUUUUCACAUAAAGUCCUAUCUUCCAAGGAGUGAAAUAAAACCACAAACUAACAAAGAGAUUAGAGAAAUAAAUCAAAUUCACUUGGCACAUGGUGAAUUAUGUGCCCUACAAGGCAGGCUGCAGUCCGUAGAAGAAUCUUUGCAGUCAAACCAGGAGAAGAUUAAAGUCCUCUUGAAUGUAAUUCAAGACCUGGAAAAAGCCAGAGCCCUCAGUGAAGGGCGCAACUUCUACCGCACUGGCCAAGACCUCAACAACUGCAGCACUUGCCAGAACACUGCAUGUAUCAUUUACAGUGUAGAAUAUGACUUCAGGCAACAAGAAGGCAGAUUUCAUCAGGUUUUGAAAAAACUGGAUCAGGUAGAGCAAAGUCCUACCACAGCUCCUCCCCCAAAAUUACCAACAGACCAUCCAAUUCCUGAGAAACAGGAAUUAAGAAGAAAAACAAAAAAGGUGAAAAAGAAAUGCUUCUGGUGGAUUUGAAUAUCAUACGGCUGACAUACACAACUCUGAAACUACAUUUCAGGAGGCAUAAAAAAAAAUGUAUGUAGAGGUUUGACAGUAGCUUUAAAAGUGUAUUAGUGAGAAAUAAAGCUGGGAACUAAACAUUUAAUAACAAUUAAUAUUGAAAGAAAAGCUUAGAAUAAAUUUUGCUUAUUUAAUAUGUUCAGUGAAUAAAAGCAUAUGAACAGACUAUUUUCUAAAAGGGGAUGUAAUCUUUUUCAUUAGUUUCAUAAGACAUUUUCAUAAGUUUUUGUAAAUACAAAUUUUCUACCUGCAAAUAAUGUUGGAGAUGUGAUUUAAACUGAUAAAAGCAAAGGCAGUAAAAGUUAAGGAAGUCGCACUAAAAAUAGCCAUCUCUGGCUUAGUUACAAGAAACACUAGUUAUAAUCAUUUCCUGGUCUAGCCUUCAAAGAUACACGAGUUCAGUAGGACAAAAGUUUUCUAGAACAUAGGUUCUCAUCAUUGGUAAAGUUAUUACAAAAUUAUUUUAUCUUUCAAGUGAGUUAUUUUUAUUGCCUUUGUACGAGACUUCAAACAAAAAAGAUUUGGGACUGGACACUAUUCCUUGUUUUUGUUGGUUUGAUCUAGAAACUAACAAUUAUUUAAAAUGCAGUUUUGCAUAUUUAUUAAUAGCCUUCCCGAGAGGUCUUUCAUAAAGCAAUCCUAUCUUUGUUUGUACUAAAUACACAUCUCAAGUUUUUCACGGCAUAUUAGAAUGCCUCAAGACAAGUCUCUUUGACCCAAAAUAUAGUCAGAGGCUCAGGUGGUGUGAAAGCAGUAGUAAACAAUGAUGCUCUAAUGUCAAUGCAGGUAAGUGAACUGAAGGUUAAUUUAUCCAUAUGUUAAAUAGCUGUGGCAACCGAUCAACCGUAGAUACUUAAAGGGUAUUUUUAUGCACUCAAGAAAAGCAUUUAGUAUGCAAGAUGAUCAGAAUUUAUAAAUGGAAAAAUCUCUACAGAAAAAUUAAUAACCAAGUCUUAAAGCUCUGAAAAAUCACUAUAUAAUAGUAUUCAGUGCAGUCCUCCUCUGAGAAUUAAGUAUAGUUUGUUAAAACGGCAUUUCCUUGUCUAUUAGAUUUAUUCCUUGGGUACAAGAAUAUUUUAAUUCUUGUUCUUAUGAGCUGUUUCAUGUUAGGGAAGACAGCUAGCUUGCUUCUAAUCCUUUCUGUACAUCAGAAAAAUCAUUCACUAAAUUCCAGUUAAACAGAGAUAAUCAAUUAUAUCUGUAUGAGCACACUAAAGGCCAAAAGAUAACAGAUAUCACCAAUGACAUGCAUAAAAUGUGGCUUGUUUAGCUGUAGCUGGUCUUUAUUCAGAGCAGCAUAGUAAAUAGCAGUAUGUAAUAUGACUUGGAGCCUAGGAAAGUCAGCAGGAUUGGUAAGUAAAAAAAGCCUUUACAAUCAUUUAAUCCUAUUAGUUAUGCAAGUCACUGGGAGCAAUGAAUCCACAACACCAUUUACUUGACACUUUUUGGAGGAAAAACCUUAUUUUAAAUUCUAGUAGUAAAAUUCUACCAUCUACAAAAAUCUCUUUCCUAAGAAUUUGGAGUCAGUGUUGACCCUUAGUAUGUUAAAGCACAUUACCAUAUGUCACACAAAUACCCUCUCUACUUACGUAUAUAUACCUACACAUGCAAACUGUGUAUAGCAGAGAUACAGAAAGGUCAUAUGUGCCACAGUUUUUCUUCUAUUAAAGUAUUUUUUGAAAACAAUGUCCUUUGUGGUAGGGUACUUCCAUGAAUAAAAUAAAAAAAAGUGAUGGUGCUAACUAAGCCCACCGAGUGGCUUAAGAUUUAUCAGAUUUUUAACACCCAAUAUAAAAAAUGUGAUAUUCAGAGGAGAAAAGCUUUAAAAUAAUUUGUUUUACAUAUUUCAUAAAUGUGACCAUAGAUUCAAAGUAGUUCAGCUUAGACACGUUUAUUCAAAAAGGGAAACCAGAAAGAAGUCUCAGUACUUUGCUUCAUUUUGGUUCAUCAUACCCAACUGAGUUUUCUUGGAUACAUCAAAAAUGAGCACUAUCAGUAAUAAACUAAUUUCAUAGGAGGAAAAUCAACCCUAGCCAAAGGGUCCACUCAAAGGCCUAUGUCUUUCUUGGAUCCAACACCCACUGACCUCCCUUGGAUUCAAGGGGCACCUUAACCUGUAACAUAAGUGAAGCAAUAAGACUUCUGCACAAGGCAAAAUUUUGCUCCAACAAUACAAGAUUGAAUGUAGAAUUUCUUAGCUAGUCAGGUGGCUCCUUGCAGCCUGGCAUAAUUACAGCUGAAGGAGGAUGCACACAUAUUUUCUUCAUCUACAGUUAUGUGGUGUGUCUACUCUAUAGUCCAAACUCACCGUGUUGCAGAGUUAUGGCUUUACUACCACAUAAAUUUAUAUCAAUGCAAUGAAUCUUCACUCAAAAUCGUCUCUGGGCCUGGUUGUUCCCUACCUAAAGGAAUCCUCAAGCCCAAACUAGAGCCUCUCUUUAAAAAAACCUCCACUUCCUUUACCCUUAUGCAUGGUGUAAACAAUCAGCUGAGUCAUGAGCAGCCACUUGACCAUUUUUAUUACAACAAGGAUGCAUCCAGCCCAUUCCUAAGAAACACCGAUUCUAAAACCAAAUAGCGCAUUUGCACCUAGAGAUGCAAGUGUGAGAACUGGUGAUACUAAUUGAUUAACUUCUGCUCCAGGCUCUGGCAUUUAUUAAUACAACUUACAGUAAAAGAGGAAAGAAAUAGCAUAACUAUACAUGUAAGAAAACAAGCAUAAUUCAAAACUAAACUUUUUCUUAAGCCAAAAAGUUUAGCAAGCAUGAUUUCAUGCAAUACAAUUGUACAGUAUUACAUGAGUAGAGUUACUGUACACAAGUUUCAGCAUAUUAUAUCAUGUUACAAUUUGCUGUAAAAUUUAUAUUCAGCUACUACCAUUUAUUACAUACAUUUCACUUACAUUAAAAAGGAAAGACUUGAAAUUCACCAGCUAUAUCUAGAUUUACAUCUGAAGUUAUAGAAAAGGAGUUGUAAAGGGAUAUAAAAGCAUGCCUGUAUCCUUUUCUAUUUAGUUCAGACUUCAAGAGAAAUAUGUAUAUUUUGAUUAAAAAUUAAAUAUAUUACCUAGUUAAAAUACCACAUGCUAAUUGUAGAAUGUAAACUACAAGGUGAUGAGAUGCAUGGUUUUUCAUUGCAAUGCAUCAAACAGGAAAAGGAAGUCCUGAAAACACAGGAUACACCCUGCUUGGUUGUAUGGUUGGACUAAUAAUAGGAAUAUAUAGACAAAGAUAAAACUAAGGCACUGCUGGAUAGUGUUACAAACUAGAACCCAAUAAGGGUUUUAAAUACACACACUUACAUUAUCUCUAAGGAAACAAUCCUGUUUCACAAUACAAGUAAGGAAAAUAUAACAGGCUGCUAUGAGAGAGAGAGAGAGAGACUUACAUGAGAAAUACAUUAAAUCCUUUGUAGAAUACUAUACAGAACAUGAAAUACUCUACUACAAUACUUUGUUUUAUGGAAAGAGUCUGUUUAAUUUUUUAAAACAAAAACUUUACAAAUAAAAAAUUGAAUCUUCUAAGAUAUAUCAAAAUAUUGAUGUAGCUAUUUUUUCUGUAACUGAAAAAAGUAUAGCUCUACUGACAGUCACAACACUUGAUAAUUAUGCUAGCUCAAAUAGAGAACACUUUCUUUAAUGAAAUGUACUAGUCAAAUGUAAUGUUUUGUAAAUUUCUAGAAAUUGUUUUACAAGGAUAUUAUCUUUUGCAAUAAACUGACAUAUUUUCUUA